ACAAUGUCAAGUCAGACUGUAGUGACGAUCUAACAACCCAAUAUGUUGUGGUUUAUGCUAUUAUGUUGGAACUGUUUAUGAUAAUCAAAAUUAGUCGUUGAAUACAGAACAUAUCGCGUAAAUCCAAAAACAGUUCACAACUGUCCCACUGAUUUUGAACGAUCCGAAGUAGUAGGUACAAACUGAGAAGUAGAAUAAACACAAUUGACAAUACACUGAUACAUUUGCAUUGUUUAUUUGUUUUUCUUCUCUUCAUGUCGUUUUAAGCAUACGAACUCACUAGUGUUGAAAAUGUUACAAUGAUUUUUCACUUGUUUUGGACAGGAUUGUGCAGUAUAUUUGGCUAUUCUGCUUUCAUAGCUUUUCUGCUAUUGAAAAACUAUCCAUCGGCUGUACUGGGAUUACUUUCAGGAACAACUGAUGCUGUUACAUUUUUUAUUAUAUUCUUGAAGAGACGAAAAAUACUGCAUCUUUGGUAUAAUCGGGACGAUUUGAGAAAAAUAUGUCGCUUAGCCAUAGUGUCGGCUACCCUUGGCUUGUUGAACUUGGGAUACCACAUUACGAUUCAAGCUUUCUAUAAAACACCUAUGUUACCACCAGCUAGUAGUGAGGUUAUAUCUAUUGUAUGGUCAUUCAUUUUGAUGAGGAGUGGAAUUGUUUUAAUGUACUAUGCUAUUGUUUAUCAAAAAAGCGAGGAUGUUGGACUAUUGCAAGAUCAUAAUGAAGGACACGAAGAAGAAACAAGGGACGAUACCAUUAUAAGUGUGCCAAGUACUUCCUAAUGUAUACGAUACCAUAAGAAAUAUCUAGACUAUAUUAUAUUUCUAUACGAUCA